UAUUGAAGAGAGAGCUGACGCGCGACCGGAGCGCCCGACGCGCCGACACCGACCUCGAGAUGAAUCGGAGUCUCGCACCCAAUGGACAGAAGAGGGAGUCCACCGAUAAUGGAGCCAACUAUAAUCCACCCAAACAUCUGUUGGAAGCGCUUAAAAGUGUGGCCAACGAUAACUCAUCGCUUGAAAUACACCAGAAGACCGGCCAUAAGGGUCACCCAUCCCUUCGCAAAGCUUUGGCUUACUUUUACUCUAUUCUUAUGAAUCGCACGAUUGAUGUGAAUAAAGAGAUUCUGGUGACGGCCGGUGCCUUACAUGGCAUACAUAUAACGGCCAAAUCAUAUCUUAAUCCUGGCGACGAAGUCAUCAUUUUUGAGCCAUUCUUCAUGAGAUUUAAGUCAGUCAUCGACUUGUCGGGAGGCGUUUCCGUCUAUGUGCCCCUCCGGACACUUAGCGGCCAACGAGCUAUCGAAUCAAACGACUUGACAUUUGAUAGGAAAGAGUUGGAGUCCAAGUUCACCAACAGAACCAAAAUGAUCUGGCUUAAUAAUCCUAAUAACCCCACCGGAAAAAUGUUUACCGAAGAGGAACUGCUAUUUAUCGGACAGUUGUGUGAGAAGUAUGACGUGCUUAUAAUGAGCGACGAAGUGUCACAAUUUCAUUACUAUGAGGGUCACCAUCACACCAGAAUCGGUGACAUUUACAUGAAUUAUGCAGAUAUUCUCAUUGACUCUAACGGUGAACAGUGGGGCAAACUGUUUGUGAACAACGGCUGGAGAAUUGGGUGGGUUAUAGGACCCGACCGCCUCUUAUGGUCCUUAAGGGUAUCAUUGAUUACAUCGAUAGCAGCGGUGCCGACGCCCACGCAAAUAGCAUUUGCAAUUGGAUUAGAGAUUGAGAACCAAAGACUCAAUACUAACCAAUCGUUUUAUAAUUGGCUUAAAAAUGAUACACUUUUUAAGAGAAACAGAUUCUUACAGAUAUUGAAUGGCACGGGAAUUGAUGUGAUUAAACCAAACUCCGGGUACUUUAUUGUCGCCAACUUUACUAAUGUUAUUAAUAAAGUGGAUUUGUCGUCACAAAAGGACGAGAGACCAGGUUUUCAACUUCCAUAUUGGCUACUGAAACACAAAGGUAAUAACAUUGAACUGUACCAGAAUAUCAUGAAAUACUACGGUAUCGAUGAAUUCAAUUUCGAGCCCGCGUUCAAUGAGACAAACCUCUACCAUCCGAGUCCUGCCAACACGAGUGCAGACGAAGACACUCUUCAAUUCAAUAAACAGAACUUCUUGGGCACUAUAAUGGUGUUCGUUGGGGUGGUGUCCGUCAUAUUUGAGUUGAUUGGUCUGAUUGGUGCCAUUUGCGAGAAUCUGGUCAUCACUCUAACGAUACUCAUU